AUGGCCAAUAGAAACCUACUGCAGAUGCAGAAACAUGCAGGAGAACAUUUGGUGAAGCUAGCAGUGGCCAUGCACAGCGUUGUGCGGAUGGUGGAGAAGUCCAUCCAAGCCAUGAGUCCUGUCAUGUCUAAGCUCUUCUUGCAGUCCAAUGUAAGCAAGGCCAGGGCCUCAAAAGUGCAGACAUCUUUUUACUACCAGGACCAGUGGUCUAGAAUUGAUGCCUUUAUGGAGAGCAUGAAUCACUACAAUAGUAUAGACAUAGACUUUGUUCUCAGCUGUCAAGAUUUGAACUAUUCAGGUCCUGCAUCACAUUUCAAGAAGACAGCCCACAACAAUAUAGAAAGGUCACGGAACGUCGGAAGUCCCGCUAGCCUCCUAAUCCUCUUGAGGUAUCAGCAAGUUGCCCUAGGACCCGAGAGCCGGCACACCCCACGUACAACCAGGCGUGGCGAGGCAGGGGUGCCAGACAAAGCAUGUGAUCCCUACAUUGAAAUCAUUGAACAGCCGAAACAGCGAGGUUUCCGCUUUCGUUAUGGAUGUGAAGGACCAUCUCAUGGCGGCUUACCAGGAGUCUCAAGUGAAAAAAACAAAAAAACAUACCCAAAAGUGAAGAUCCACAAUUACACUGGACCUGCCAAAAUUGUGGUUCAGUUAGUAACCAUUGAUGAACCGCCACUUUUGCAUGUGCACAGCCUAGUGGGAAGACAAUGUGAAAAUGGAAUCUGUGUGAUCCAAAUGGAUUCUGAGGACAUGACUGCAAGCUUUCCCAACCUUGGAAUCCUUCAUGUCCCUAAGAAGGAUGUUGUAGCAAUUAUAGAAAAACAGCUGAUCAGGUCAUGGACUUCAGAUGCCCAAAAUGGGAGUGUUCCACUUCCUGAUGGAAAUAUUGAAAAUGAAAUGGAAUUGCAACGCAAACAGCUGCAGACUGGUUUCAGCACCAGUGGUAAAGAUUUGAGUUCCUCAUUUCAUAAUCUAAAUGUACACCUGUUGUACUUCACAGAACACAGUGGGUUCUUUUGUCAGCAGUUACUGGCACUCUUGUCAGAAGAAGACCGGGAAAGAAUCCAUCAGGAAGCCCAGAAGCAGACUAAGUACAUGGACCUCAGUGUCGUUCGUCUGAUGUUUACUCCAUACCUACCAGGAAGUGAUGGCAAAUUUACACGUAGACUUAGCUCAGUUAUAUCAGAUCCCAUCUAUGACAGCAAAGCACCCAAUGCAUCAAGUCUGCGAAUAGUAAGAAUGGCCAAAACAGCUGGGAGUGUGAUGGGUGGCGAUGAAGUCUUUCUGCUCUGUGAUAAAGUUCAAAAAGAUGAUAUUCAGGUACGUUUCUACCAAGAAGAUGAGAGUGGUCACAUUUGGGAGUCAUUUGGAAAAUUCGGUGCUGCGGAUGUUCACAGACAGUUUGCUAUUGUUUUCAAGACGCCAAAAUAUUUUGACAUUCACAUUGCAAAACCUGUCUCAGUGUUUGUCCAGUUACGGAGACGCUCUGAUGGUGAAACCAGUCAACCCAAACCAUUUAUAUAUUACCCACAUACAAAGACACCAAAUGGGUUCUCUGCAGUUGCCUAG